AAUAAAAUGAACAACACAGAGUGAAUCAGUAAGUUUGAGACACAGAUGAGUAAGAUCUAAAGGGCAAACAUGAACAACGACACAGGAUAUAACCGCCUGGUACCAAAUGGUGUCAUGCAAAACUUGAAGAAAUGCCAAGGAUUCAUGCAAAAAUGGAGGAACACAAUAAUUUUGGUUGUUGUUGUUGUCAUCUUCUUGAUCCUCACCAUUGCAGGAUGGGCCAUGUUCAUUGAUUGUAGGAACAAUUCUGCAGCAAGAGAGAAGGCGGCCUUGGAGAGAGAGAACCGACUAAGGGAGGAAGCUCAUAAAAACCUCACUGAAGCCAUACAAGACCUGACAGCUGAGGCAGGGAAAAAUCUAUCAGAUUGUAGGAACGAGUCUGCAGAAAGACAGAGAAAGGCCUUGGACAGAGAGAGAGCACAAAAUAUAACCAUACAAGAGAUGAAAGUGAAGAUUGAGAACAUCACAGAAAUGGCAGAGAAAAAACUAAAUUCAACGGUAAAAAAGAUAAGAGAAGAGGAGGAGAAGAAGAGAAUUAAAGGAGAAACAGAGAUACUAAAGAUUGAGACACAAAAGAGGAUCGAAGGUGAAAAGAAGAUCAGAGAUGAGGAGGAACAAAAGAGAAUCGAUGGUGAAAAGAAGAUCAGAAAAGAGGAGGAACAAAAGAGAAUCGGCGGUGAAAAGAAGAUCAGAGAUGAUGAGGAACAAAAGAGAAUCGAAGGUGAAAAGAAGAUCAGAGAUGAGGAGGAACAAAAGAGAAUCGAAGGUGAAAAGAAGAUCAGAGAUGAGGAGGAACAAAAGAGAAUCGAAGGUGAAAAGAAGAUCAGAGAAGAGGAGAGGAAGAGACAGGAUUUACAGAAGGAAAAAGACAGACUACAAAAUGAGAUUAAUAUGUUCAAGGUUAGAAGGCCUCUUUGUAACAUGGGUCACAUGAUUUCAACUGUACCCCAUGCACAUGGAAUCUGUCUGGCAUUUGUUUAUGUCAUCUCCCAGUGGACAAUAGCUUAAGUUAUUACCUCCGCCAAGGAGAUUAUGUUUUCAUCGGGGUUUGUUUGUAUUUUGUCUGUCUGUUUGUUAGCAAGAUAACUCAAAAAGUCAUGGAUGGAUUUCGAUGAAAGAAACAAUUACAUUUUGGGAGUGAUCCGUAUCACCGUCUGGAUUCAGGAGGCGGUUAUGUUUUUCGCUUGGCGGUGUAAUGGCAUGGUAUGGCCAUGUAGUGGCGAUCUCAAUAGUUUAGGUUCAAAUGUAUGACCACCAAGAAGGAAGUAACAAUGAGAGUUAUAUAGGCUACCCGUAUCCUGAUCGUUGUGUCCUUUAAUAUGUAGUUAGAGGAACAAUACAUGGAGUCAGCAGCUCAUAGCUCACGACAGAAGGAGUCUAGAGACUCAGAUAACCUGUCAGAAGGUUUUUUUGGUAUGGAGAGUGAAAACAGGUGACCUGUGGAGCAAGAGUAAGCGUGAUUUGCCGAAAGCAAGCAACGAGCCAGCGAUUAGCAAACAGCAUGCCGUAUGAACAACGUAUUCACACCACCGGGAGUGUUCGACAUCCAACCACGAUAUCCUGAGUUCAUUGCAGUUGACAGAAGCGGAGCUAAAGGACUAUAAGCAGGCUUUUCAUGGACAUUUUAUCGGAGUGCACAAUGUUAUUUAUGAGUUGCAUCCUGAUCAUUGUGUCCUUAAAUGUAUACCCUAGUUAAAGGAACAAGACAGGUGGAGGUCUGCGCUCUCUGAGUGCUUUUCCAGUUCAUUUUAUUUUCAUUUGAUUUUAAAUUAUCUUUGUUUUGUUUUUCUCAUUUGUAAUUUGAAUGUCUGUAAAGUUUGAAAGGUAUAGACAGUUACAUUUUCUUGCCUAACAGGGUCUGCAUGUACUAUAGGUCAAAAGAUAAUGGUACUCUGCAAUUCAUUGGUAAAUACGUUUUGUUUACCCGACUCCUGCCUAUACGGCCGACCUGCAACUGUUAUGUGGGUUAUGUUCUUUACCAACCCCACUCUCACUUAUGCCUGACCAACUUUUGCACUCUGCACGUAGGGGGCAACCACCGACUUCAAGGCACCUAACCCCAACCUUAACCCUAACCCUUGCCUAACCCUAGUGCCUUCCAUGCAGUGCUGCCUAGAAGACGGCAAUGGGGGCUUAAAGCAUCAUAAAACCCCUCCUGGCCAGGUCAACCCAUACAGAAAAAUCAAGGGAAAAAAUAUAUUCACAUACUGUAUAUGAAGCUGCAUCCAUCUUAUAUUUUAAUAGAUGGCUACAGUAUAUGUAAUAAAUAUAAAGUACAAUAAUGUAUGCAAAUAUAUGUGACACCUGUCACCCAAAAUGGAUAUCUUGAAAGUAGUGUGAAAGUCCAUGCUAAAUAUAUGUACAGUAAUUGUAUGCUGAAAACUACAGAGCCCAGGAGGUGUCAUUGCAAGAUUUGUUUUUUGUACCAAGAGAAUGUGCACUCAUUUCAGUAAAUUGUGCACUAAUUUAACUAAAUUGUAGUCUUAUUUACCAUUUUUGUGGGCUCAUUUUACUAAAUUGUGUGCAUGCUUUAAUAAAUAGUGCGCUCAUUUUACUAAAUUGUGCUCUCAAUUCAGUACAUUUUACUAAAUUCCCUUAUCAAAAAUCCUAUAGGAUUCCAAUCAGAUAUUGGUUGCCAAAUAGCAACAAUCGUAUAGGAUUUAGGAAUCAUAUUGGAUUUUGGUUCAAAAAUCUGGAAGAGGAAUGAGGGGUGAAUGUUAUUCUAAGCUCUGCUUUCUCCCCCCCCCCCCCCUCUCUCUCUCUCUCUCUCCCCCCUCCCUUUCUCUCUUCAUGUUUUGCUAGAAACAUUGUUUCAUCUGGCGUAUUUGAUUUAACUUGUUCAAUUUAAAUUCAAGUUUGUUUGUGAUUACGUUAACUUUGUUCCUUUGUAUAUUUACCUAUCUGGGUUUCACUUUACAUUCAACACAUGGUUUAAUGGAUGCAUUUACCGGCUUAAUGUCUAAUAAAUUGUUC